UACAGUCCACGUAUGAUUACAUUACUGUGACGCGAGGAAAUAAAAUAAAACAUCUCACCAGCUAGCUACAAACAAAGCUAGCUGCAAAUUGACGUUAAGUUUCUGUUAUGAUUAUCUGUUUUAAUAGAUUGGUAGAUAACUGUAGAUAAUCAUAACAUAUAAAACGCAAAUACUGUUACAUUGAAAAGGGGCAAAAAGCGUCGGGGGACAAUGUCGGGUUCCGUGGUCGAGUUCCAGGCGCAGAUAGCCUCAAUCAUGGAGGUGCUAGCCAACGCGGCUGUUGCCGAAAUCUGCAAAGUUGUUGACGAUGGCUAUGCGGUUGUACACCUGAAAAUGUCCCAAAGCCACAAGGAGAACGAAUUUCUCCGGAGGAAAAUGAAAUUGAUGGAACUUCAGAUCACCAGAUUUCGAGCGGAGAGAACAAAGUUUUCAGAGGGGUCCGUCCACAAUCGCUUCCAUGGAAUACGCCUCCUAAACAGACACAACCAUCGAGAGAUUACAACAGGACCUACUUGGCAAAGCAGAAACAGACUUUCCAACAGGAGUUUUGGGAACAGCAGCAUUCAAAGAGACAGACAGCCCAUAGACGUGGACCAAGACGAUGUCUCUCCAUCAAAGCAUAUGGAUGCUACAAGUGAUGAGCAGUCAGCAGAGACAGAGGAAGGGGAACCAGACCUGCUGAUCAUCAAGGAUGAGGGGGAAGCAGUUGACCAGGACUCUAGGAUCAGCCACCCAGCUAGAACAGUGGAGGGCAGCAGAGAGCUAACCACCCAACCGACUACAGACCCUGCCUUCCAGCCCAGAGGCAACAACAUCAACACAGCUAUGGAGCAGACAGAGGAAGGGGAACCAGACCUGCUGAUCAUCAAGGUGGAGGGAGAAGCAGAUGACCAGGACUCUAGGUUCAGCCACCCAGCUAGAACAGUGGAGGGCAGCAGAGAACUAACCACCCAACCGGCUGCAGCCACCACAGAGGACCCCGCCUUCCAGCUCAGUGGCCCCAGAGGCAACAACAACUACAACACCGCUAUGGAGGUCAGUGGAUCUGACGUCGUCCUUGGCUUUCCCCCCAAGUCAUACCAUUCAUCAUCAGAACAUGUGAUAGUGAUUGACUCUGUAUCCAGUGGGCAGCAGGUAGAUAGAGAUUUUGAGUGGGGUCAGGUGGGUACAGCUACUACACCACAGGUCAAUGGGUCUGGAAAUAAGCAGGGAGUGGGAGUGUUUAACAGAAACGCACCAUCGAUUCACCCUGUACACCACAAAUCAAUGAGAGACAACACUAUGCAGUUGGUUUCACCCGGAUUCCGUCCCACUGAGAUAAAUACAAGCACCCGUCUUGACGCAGGAAAUACAGGUGAGGCCAAUAAAGCUAGUUUGCACUCAUUGGCAAGCCUCCAUAGACACUCUGAAAUACCAGGAAGAGGAGCUCAACAACCAGCUCAUACCUCACUUCCUGUCGGCCAUUUUAGACCAAGCGCCACAACUUCCUCUCACUCAAGUAAUCUUGCUAAUCACAUUAGACCUGGCUCCAUAGAACGACCGUACGGUUGCCCGAGCUGCCAUAAGAAGUUUGUUCACGAGAGUGACUUGCGGCAGCACGUCGUCAUCCACACCAGAAAGCGGGUGUUCGCCUGCACCUUGUGUGAGAAGAGCUUUGUGUCCCCAAGCAAGCUCCAAGUGCACCAGAACGUCCACACUGGGGAGAAGCCCUUCAGUUGUGCACAGUGCGGGCGCAGGUUCUCCCAAUCCAGCAAUCUGAAUAGACAUCAGAAGCUUCAUCAUUGAAAACUGACACAGAAGCAAGAGAUUCCUAUUGUUGGGUUCUGAGAAUAUGAAAUAUACUUAUUCAUGUCACAGAGGGGGAGAGGGUAAUGUAUAACAGUUACAUUAUGUCAGGAUAUGUCACAGAGGGGGAGAGGGUAAUGUAUAACGUUUACAUUAUGCCAGGAUAUGUCACAGAGGGAGCGAGGGUAAUGUAUAACGUUUACAUUAUGUCAGGAUAUGUCACAGAGGGGGAGAGGGUAAUGUAUAACGUUUAGAUUAUGCCAGGAUAUGUCACAGAGGGAGCGAGGGUAAUGUAUAACGUUUACAUUAUGCCAGGAUAUGUCACAGAGGGAGCGAGGGUAAUGUAUAACGUUUACAUUAUGUCAGGAUAUGUCACAGAGGGAGAGAGGGUAAUGUAUAACGUUUAGAUUAUGUCAGGAUAUAUUAUUGUUAGCCAUCAGGGAUCCUAUGGGAGGGGUCCUCUGGGAGGAGAAGAGACACAGUCUGGUACCAGGCACCAUGACAGCCGUGAGUUGGGCAGGGAAGCGAUCACAUGUGGCAGGCAUUGAUAAGGGGAGAGAGCUUUGGAUUAGACAUCAAGGGGGCUGUCAUCACUUCGUCUUCCUGUCGAACCAUAACAGAUGUCAGGGUUGGAGACAAGGAGGAGUUCAUCUAAACUGGAGUAUAUAAACUUGUUGCUGGAAACAUGUUUUGUCUGAAUGCAGCUGUAUUGAUCCUCUGGGAGAAUAAACUUGGUUAAGCUUU